AUGGAGAAGUUCAUGGCCGCGCACCAAGUUCCAAAAGAAGCCCUCGAGUACUUUGCAAGAGAUGGCUCAUGGCUGCGCAAAUACCUAGAGUCCGCCUCCUACCAAUCAAUACCAACCUUCUCCCGCACUCUGAAGCGCACGGGUGAGGACUACUUCUUCUCCCGCACCGUCGCAACCCGCGAGACCAUCCCCCACCUGAUCUCCAUGCAAAAGAAAGACUUCCGCCUCCCUCCAGAAUUGCCCAAAGGCCAGCCCAUAACGCCACACACCACCGACCCCUUCGCGCGCCAGCAAGUAGUCGUGCCCGCGGAGCCCGACAACGUCUUCCUCCUGGCCCUCAGCACCCCCGGCCUCGACGGCCACCCGCACAUCAUCCACGGCGGCAUGGCGUGCGCGAUCCUCGACGAGAUGAUGGGCCUGUGUAUCAUGCUGCACCACCAGCACAUCGCCGGCCCCCGCGACUCCCUCUUCACCGUGAACCUCAACGUCAGCUACAAGGCCCCAGUUCCCACCCCGGCGGACGUGCUGGUCCGCUGCUGGCUCGUGGCGUGGCAGGGCCGCAAGUGGUACAGCAUCGGCCAGAUCGUCGGGCAGGAUGGCACCAUCUACACCGAGGGCCGCGGCGUGUGGGUCAUGGCGCGGAAAGAGAAGAUGUGA